AUGUCCAAUCUUAACAGCCCUAGCAUGGGCCCUGGCAAAAAGAGGAAGCAUGAAGAUACGCAGAAUGGCGCUUCACCACCGAAACGAAGCAGGACCGACGAGAGUAAUGGUCCGCAGGAGAUACAGCAUUCACGAGAUGCAACAUCACCCCAUGAGAAGCCGAGAAAGAAACGAGCAAGUAAGCAGCAAAAGAAGGAGAAGCGCGUGCGGGAAGAGCAGCGCCGGCGGGAGGUGGAGGAGGAACGUAUGCGGGCUGAACAGCUCCAGGUUGAAGCAUUAGGUGACCCAGAUCCGCUGGUAGCAGAGAACCUUGCGGCAUUGCCAUGCAGUGGGGCAGAUCGACCCAAGCACAAGAAUGAUAGGAAGAAGCCCAAGCAUGCGGAAAGACAGCGCGCCGUGUCGAAGUCAGACGACGCCGAGCAAGCUCAAACCGCUGGGGCCACGCAAGAUCACGACGAGGAGAUACUUCCACCCAACGAUUCAGAGUCAGGCAAGAAAGCAAUACGGAAGGCUAGAAAAGAAGCCAAGAAGCAAGCCAAAAGCGCUGCUGCGCUCGAAGUCCGGUCAACGCAUGCCUCGACAGCUGCUCAGCGUAGCACGGGCACAGAUGACAGCCACGGGGCAACACAUCAGUCCGGACCAACCUGGAUGCUUUCGCCUUCUUCUGCUGGUGGCUUCAUCAAUCAAGAUCCGGUCUUUGCCACAGAUGACGACGGAGAGACGUUCCUCAUAUCCGUCACUGCGCGAGAUGUUCAAGUACUAUCGCUCGAAACCUCCCUAGCGGUUCGCACGUAUCCCGCGCCGGUUGGACAGACGAUCAGAUGCUUCACGGUCCUGGAAGAUGUGGUAUACAUAACUCUCAAGGAUGCGACCGUCUUGAGCUGGCGAUGGACUGGUGAAAACGAAGCGUCACCAGUAAGAAACACAAAAAGCAAGAUCGUAGCGAUGGCUUCGACUUUACAAGGCGAUGAAGAGGCAAUUCCAAAUCUCUUCUACAUCUGCAGAGAGUCGAAGACUGAAAACGCUAUCCUCAGCGAUGAACAGAUGCUGCACACCACAGCUCACCAUCUGCAUUCAAUCCACAUACUUGGCAACGGGAUGUAUGUGCUCGCACAAAGUCCGACAGCACUUGUCAUUGGCGCCAGGAGUAUGGACCCAAAGACCCCUCAUGACUUCGCUUGGAUCGAGCUACCCUUAGAAAUAAAGAGCUCUUGCGUCGAUGCUCGCGUAUCAUCCGUACCAGCGAGCGUCAAGAAGGCAUCGAACAAGCGGCCGGCACUGCAGGUGGCUGUUGGGCAAUGCGAUGGCAAGAUCCACAUCUACGAUGACCUGGCUCCCCUCUUUUACCGCAACGAGCAGCACGGCCUGCCGUCGCCACGGGUCUUGCACUGGCAUCGCCGAGCAGUCUCGUCGCUCAAGUUCUCGACAGAUGGCAACUAUCUCAUCACGGGUGGCAAGGAGACAGUGCUCGUGAUCUGGCAACUCGAAACAGGAAAACAGCAAUUCUUGCCCCAUCUGACCUCCGAGAUCGAGCGGAUUGCGGUCAAUUCUGCAUCCGAUCGCUAUGCCGUUCAGAUGGGUGACAACUCGAUCAUGGUCCUGAACACGAGCGAGCUAAAGCCGGUCGCAAACUUUGCCGGCUUGCAGAUGCUUCGCACUUCUGGACGCACCACCACUCGACUCCCCGGUUUCCCAGCUGCGACCAUACACCCACGUCUGCCAAACCAACUUCUCCUCUCCGUUCCGGCUUCACAACCUAAGUCGAAAGGAGAAGCUGUGACUCGACCUUUCCUGCAAGGAUUCGACAUCCGCAGCUCGCGCCACAUCACCAGGCAGGCACUGACCCGCAACAAUGUCACGGACUUAAGCAUCGGACCAGAGGGAAGGCCCAUUAUUCCUCCGGACGUGAAACACAUCGCCAUCAGCUACGACGGAUCAUGGCUUGCGACUAUUGAUGAGUGGACGCCACCUAUGUCGGAUCUGGAGAGCUUCGGCUCAAGCAGAGGAGACAUAAAGGAGCAACGAACCAGCCGCCAGGAGGUCUAUCUCAAGUUCUGGCGCUGGGAUGAUGUACAAGGUCUCUGGACGCUCACGACACGCGUUGAUGCGCCACACGCGCGUGGGCCUGGCCAUGUAGCUGGAGCGGGAAGGUUGCAUGCUCUUGUGGCAGAUCCUGCAAGCAACGCCUUCGCGACGGUUGGCAAGGACGAAUGCGUCAGACUCUGGAGACCGAAGACACGAACAAGGCAUGGUGUCGCCGUCAAGAAUGAAGCGAACGUGGAUCUCGUGGAGUGGACUUGCAAGCGAACGAUCCAACUUGAGAGUGGCGAGGAGCGUGCGGACUCGCCUCUUGCGUUCGCGCGUGCUAAGAAGACGAGCACGGCAUGUCUCGCCUAUGCUCCAGAUGGAUCAAUGCUGGCUGCGGCACAAGAAACGGGUGACGACAGCAGCACGCCACUGGUGCACUUCAUCGACACAGCUGGCGGUGAGGUUUCGACAAGCAUCGGCCUCGCUGCCGCCGAUAUCGUGGCCCUCGGCUUCCUAGAUCGAUACCUGAUCGUUACGACGAGGCCGGCGGUCUACGUGUGGGAUCUCGUCGCCGACAAGCUCAUGUACAGACUCUCACUCAAGCCUCCACAUCCCGAAGCUAAGGCACCAAUGCUUGCUGUGAGCGAGCGCGAUGGCACCUUUGCGAUCGUCUCUCCUGACACGAAAAAAACGACAAAGGUGCAAGUAUUCUCGCCACAGUCAAGUGAGUGUCUGGACGAGCAUUUGUUCUUGCGGCACUUGGAAGCUAUACUCGCCGGGCAAGGGGCAAAAGGAUAUACGCUGCUAUUUCCUGAUGCUACGAUCCGCACUCUUUCGCCGGUUUCCACAGGACAUGUCCGGACGUUGUCGAGCGCACCGGCAGCCUCAAUACCCCAGCAAGGAGCGACAGCUAUCGAAGCUGCGCCGGCGCAAGAGGAUACCGACAUGGUUGAUCUUGUCGGUUCAGUCCAGCCCGCUGCGGACUCGGCCGAAGCACCUUUCGUUGCGGAGGAGCGAGAAGAUGAUCGACCAGUAGUCCGACCCGAACAGUUGGCCGACAUUUUUGACAGCGGAAGCGGGGCGCUGCCGCCGGUCUUAGACAUGUUCCGCGCUGUCGUUGGGUUGUACGGGCGGAAGCCAGAGGUCAGACCUUCGGUGGAGGUCGUUGUGUAG